CACAAAAACAGAGAGCGACGAGUGUGAAAAGUGAACCAUUUUCCGCUUGCAGAGGCAGCAGAAGAAGGAAAAAGGUUCGGCGUGAAGGAUGCGAAAAAGCCAUUUGUUCUCAUUCCUGGAUAAGUUUUCUAUAUCCGAGGUCUUCUUCCAUUGAUUUCUUAUCACUGCUUCAGCUUGAGGAAGGAAGGAGAGAUCAGUUGGAGGAGUAGUACGAGCGUUUAACUCCCCUCGAUAUUGGAUUACAUUGAAAGGUGCUUCCCAGGGUAUUGAAUCUUCUUGAUUUGCAUUUGGUAAAGUAAUGGGAGCUCGAUGCUCGAAAAUUUCUGUGUGUUGGUGGCCGGUGAACUUUAAGUCGUCCAUUCGAGAGUCCAGGGAUCUAGAGAAUGGAGGGGAAGACGAGAAGGACGCUAUGCCAGCGUUUAAGGAAUUCAAACUGGAAGAACUGCGGGAAGCAACAGACGGGUUCUCGCCUGAACGCAUCGUCUCCGAGCACGGCGAAAAGGCCCCUAACGUCGUCUACCGUGGCCAGCUAGUCGACGAUGAUCGCACUGUCGCUAUUAAGCGCUUUAAUAAGUCCGCCUGGCCCGACGCUCGCCAGUUCCUCGAGGAGGCGAAAUCAGUUGGGCAGCUCCGGGGCGAGCGGCUGGCUAAUCUGAUCGGUAGCUGCUGCGAGGGAAGUGAGAGGCUUCUAGUAGCGGAGUUUAUGCCCCAUGACACCCUAGCUAAACACCUCUUUCACUGGGAUACACGUCCUUUGAGUUGGACAAUGAGGAUAAGGGUGGCCCUGUACCUGGCACAGGCCUUGGAGUACUGCAGCAGCCGAGGUCGCGCUUUAUAUCAUGAUCUCAAUGCCUACAGGGUUCUCUUCGAUCAAGAUGGUAAUCCGAGGUUGUCGACGUUUGGCCUCAUGAAGAACAGUAGAGAUGGAAAGAGCUAUAGUACUAAUUUGGCCUUCACGCCUCCAGAAUACCUUAAGACAGGAAGAGUGACGCCUGAGAGUGUUGUAUACAGCUUUGGCACUCUGUUACUUGACCUCCUCAGUGGGAAACAUAUCCCCCCUAGUCACGCACUUGACCUAAUUCGUGGUAAGAACUUUCUGAUGCUGAUGGAUUCUGGUUUGGAGGGGCAUUUCUCAAAAGAUGAUGGAACUGAGAUAGUACGCUUGGCAUCCCGCUGUUUGCAAUAUGAACCACGUGAGAGGCCUAUCGUGAGGUCUCUUGUGUCUGCACUUAUGUCUCUACAAAAGGAAGCUCGGGUGCCAUCAUACAUGUUGAUGGGUAUUCCAAAUCCAUCUGCCACCUCUGUUAAGUCUUUGACUCCACUUGGUGAAGCUUGCUCUAGAUUGGACCUCACUGCUAUUCAUGGUAUUCUCGAGAAAGUUGGAUACAAGGAUGAUGAGGGAAUAGCAAAUGAGCUCUCUUUCCAAAUGUGGACCAAUCAAAUGGAAGAGACUCUCAACACUAAAAAGCAAGGAGACAUAGCUUUCAGGGCAAAAGCUUUUGGAACCGCUAUUGAUAACUAUACACAGUUUAUCGAAUUUGGAAUGAUGAUUUCACCAACUGUAUAUGUGCGGCGAUGCAUGUCCUAUCUAAUGAACGAUAUGCCUCAAGAAGCUCUGGAAGAUGCCAUGCAGGCGCAGGUAAUAUCACCUGAGUGGCAUAUCGCCUAUUAUCUCCAGGCUGCCUCUCUCUUUACUCUUGGAAUGGAUAAUGAAGCUGAAGAUUCCCUCAAAGUUGCAAUUAAUUUGGAAACAAAAUGGAAAAACCGAAGCUAAAAUACUAUAGCUUUUAAUGUUUGGUUUUGAAUUCUUAUUUGUUUAUGCCUGG